GGGAGACGGGCGCGCGCCCCGAAGCGACUUUGGGUCCCGACGCGCCCCACCCGACCCCUAAGAUGAAGAGGGCGUCGGCCAGAGGGAGCCGGCUGCUGGCGUGGGUGCUGUGGCUGCAGGCCUGGCGGGUGGCGGCGCCAUGCCCAGGCGCCUGCGUAUGCUACAAUGAGCCCAAGGUGACAACGAGCUGCCCCCAGCAGGGCCUGCUGGCCGUGCCCCCCGGCAUCCCGGCCGCCAGCCAGCGCAUCUUCCUGCACGGCAACCGCAUUGCACAGGUGCCCGCCGCGGGCUUCAGCGCCUGCCGCAACCUCACCAUCCUGUGGCUGCACUCGAACGCGCUGGCCCGGCUCGACGCGGCCGCCUUCGCCGGCCUGGCCCUCCUGGAGCAGCUGGACCUGAGCGACAACGCGCAGCUGCGCGCCGUGGACCCCGCCACGUUCCAGGGCCUGAGCCGCCUGCACACGCUGCACCUGGACCGCUGCGGGCUGCAGGAGCUGGCGCCGGGCCUGUUCCGCGGCCUGGCGGCCCUGCAGUACCUCUACCUGCAGGACAACGGGCUGCAGGCGCUGCCUGACGACACCUUCCGCGACCUGGGCAACCUCACGCACCUCUUCCUGCAUGGCAACCGCAUCCCCAGCGUGCCCGAGCGCGCCUUCCGCGGCCUGCACAGCCUCGACCGGCUCCUGCUGCACCAGAACCGCGUGGCCCGCGUGCACCCGCACGCCUUCCGCGACCUCGGCCGGCUCAUGACGCUCUACCUGUUCGCCAACAACCUGUCGGCGCUGCCCGCCGAGGCCCUGGCGCCGCUGCGGGCGCUGCAGUACCUACGGCUCAAUGACAACCCCUGGGUGUGUGACUGCCGCGCGCGCCCGCUCUGGGCCUGGCUGCGGCAGUUCCGCGGGUCCUCGUCCGAGCUGCCCUGCAGCCUGCCCGCGCGCCUGGCUGGCCGCGAUCUCAAACGGCUGACCGCCAGCGACCUGGAAGGCUGCGUCGCCACGGCCGCCGCCGGGCCCCACCGCCCCAUGCGCACGGGCGCGCCCGCCGACGAGGGCCCGCCGGCGCUGCCCAAGUGCUGCCAGCCGGACGGCGCCGCCAAGGCCUCGGUCUUGGAGGCCGGGAGCCCCGCCUCGGCCGGCAACGCGCUCAAGGGCCGGGCGCCCCCCGGAGACAGCCCCCCGCCGCCGCAUCCGCCAGCGGCCAACGGCUCGCGCCCCAGGCAGAUCAACGACUCCCCCUUUGGGACCGCGCCCAGCUCUGCCGAGUCCCCGGGGCUCCCCACCGCAGGCCCACGCCCCCGGAGGCCCGGCUGCUCCCGCAAGAACCGCACCCGCAGCCAGUGCCGCCUGGGCCCCCAGGCGGGCGCGGGGGGCGGCGGCGGCGGCGGCGGCGGCGACGCAGAGGGCGCGGGCACCGCGCCGGCCCUGGCCUGCGGCCUGGCGCCUCUGGGCCUCGGGCUGGCCGCGCUGGUGCUGUGGACGGUGCUCGGGGCGUGCUGA